AUGUUUGACCCAGACUGGAAAGAAAUUUUUAUUGACAAUCUUCCCAACACUGUAGAUGAAUGUUUCAUCAUGGAGCUAUUUAAAAGCAUCGGAUUCACCACAAAAAUUAAAUAUACCUUCAAGAUACAAAUAACUCAGAACAAACCAGUUGCUUAUGUCACGUUCGAGAAACACAAAACGGCCCUAUGUGCUAUUUCUAAAAUCUGCAAAGAAAGAUUCAAGGGAAUUGCGAUCAGAGCAAAUUGGACAGAUCCAUAUACAUUAUCGCUUAUCAAAUACGGCAAUCGAGCUCUUUUUAUUCGCGGUUUUGAUAAAAAAGUUAAAGUUUCACAACUUCGCUCCAUUUUUUGCAAAUUUGGAGAAAUCGAAGAGUGCGAAAUUCCAUUAACCAACGGCAAAUCUCGUGGCUAUGGUCACGUUAUUUUUACCAACGAAAAAGAUGCGAAAAGAGCAAGAUUGAAUCUUAAUAAUUCUUCAAUUAACAGGAAACCAAUUCACAUUGAAUUUGUCGAUAAGUCAUUUGAAAAUGAUCAGAAAAACGCUUCAAAAGAACAGAAAAACAAUUCGAACAGUCUAUUCUUUGGCAUAAUUAUCAAACCUUUACCAUACAAAUUCUUCAAGACGAAUGAAGAUCUCGCUAAUCUUUUGAAAGAAUUUGGUAAAUUUGCUGAUUCCAAAGAUCCUAAUCCAAGAAUAUUAUUGAACGAAGACGGAGUUCGUGAAGACAUUGGCUACUGUCAUUUCAGACGUGCUAAAAGUGCACUUCGAGCAGUGCGAGAACUGAAUGAUAAGAUGCAUGAAUCAGGCGAAUUCAGAUUCCAAUGCUGUCGUUCUAUUACAUCAAAAGAGCGUCAAUCUACAAUCAAAAAAGUCGUAAAUGAUUUAGGUGAUCGUGUAUCAGAAUCAAUUCAAAACAGAACAUUAUAUGCCAAGAAUUUUGAUAAGAACAUUACAGAAAAAGAAUUCGAAGAAUACUUCAAACAAUUCGGAGAUAUUGAAUCUAGUCAUUUGAGAGGUCGUGGUUGUGGUUUUGUUACAUAUAAAACAGAUGAAGGUGCAAUGAAUGCAAUCGAGAAUUCUAUCAUCACACCAUUUAAAGGUGAAACUCCAUUUCUUAGUUACUUCAAGAAAGACAUCGAACGUGAACUUCAAAAAGAAGAAGUAAUGUCAUCAAUGUCUCGAUAUCUUAUUUACUUCGAAUGUUAUAACACACAGAUCACAGAUGAUGAAUUCAUUGAAUAUUUCAAACAAUUUGGAAAAAUUGAUGAAUUCACCAUUGAACGCCAAAUUCUUAUUGAUGAUGUUGGUAAGAUUACAGGUACUGUUAAAUUCGGAUCAUCCGAUGAAGAAGAGAAAGCGAUCUCGAGUUCCAUUUUGAAUCAUCUCAAAGGUAAUCCAAUCGCAGUUGGUCACUACUCGAGUGCAACUAAAAAUUCAACAACAUACAGCGAAGAUAAUAUAUCUCCAGUUGAAUACAUCAAACGACGCCUGAAUAAUCAUGACAUCACUGGAAGGCGUAAUAAGGCAGUUCUUUUAACAAUUUCUAAUGAACAAGCAUUUUAUCUGAAUAACAAUACUAGUUUAUUAUAUUCAUGGCUUGAACGAAUGAAAUCAAUUGUUGAUGACAUCAGUUAUUGUAAUCGAUUUUAUUCAAAAAAUGGUGCGUUUUCCGAAAAGUGA